AUGAUUAAGACUGAAGCUUAUCAAGAUUUGGGUGCAAUAAACCCACUUGAAUCUUUAGUUGAACGCACAAAUAAGUUCCUUUAUGGUUUAUGGUAUAAUAAACAUAUUACACAAAAACAAUAUGAGAAAUUAAAGGUUAAUCAAGAAGAGGCUGAAUUAGCCCACCUUUAUUUCUUACCGAAAGCACAUAAACCAGGAACACCAUUAAGACCUAUAAUGUCUGGUCUCAAAUCUCCAACCAUUGCCAUAUCGAAAUGGUUAGAUAGUUUAUUAAGACCUCUUUUCGAUCGAUUAGCAUCUGAAACAGCUGUAUUGAAUGGGGUUCAAUUAAUAAAACAAGUUGAGAAAUGGUCGGAUAAAUAUCUUACACCAGCCACAUCAUUCAUAACAAUGGAUGUUACUGAUUUGUAUACAAUGAUUCCUCAAGAAGGAGGAGUAACAGCCAUAAAAAGAUUAAUUGAAACAUCUGGUUUAAAACAAAUCGAUGGUGUUAAAAAAGAGAUUAUAUUAGCUCUUACCAGAUUUGUUAUAACAAAUAAUUAUUUCUAUCUUGAUGGGUCAUAUUAUAAACAAAUAAAAGGAGGCGCAAUGGGCUCGCCACUCACCCUCACUAUAGCAAAUACAUACAUGUACUUUGUUGAACGUCCAAUAUUCAAAUGGGCUCAAAGAACAUGUUCAUUAUAUUACAGAUAUAUAGAUGAUUUAUUUAUCAUGUCAAAUGUACAUGCAGAUAUAUUAAAAGGUCUUGUAAAAUUCUGGAAUAGACUUGAUAAUAAUAUCGUAUUUUCAGAAUUCAUAGGACAUACUGCAGAGUACCUUGAUGUUAAAUUAGAGAACAGAGGAGGAAAAUUGGUAUCUGAAGUUUACUAUAAACCAUCAUACGAACCAUAUUUCCUCCCUUUCACAAGCAUACAUGCACAACAUAUAAAAAAGAAUAUUCCUUAUGUAGCUCUUGUUCGAGCAAUAAGAUAUUCUUCGAGUUAUGAUACAUUUAAACGUGAAGAAACUCAUAUAUGUAUGUCAUUGCUUUUAAAUAAAUAUCCAUUACAAUUUGUACUUGAACAAUUUGAAAGAGUUUUACAAACAUUUCAAUGUGCGGUGUCAAUAAAAAAGAAUUAUUCUGAAAUAAGAAGAAUCUUUUUAAAUGCCGCAGAUAAUGAUGAAAAGAAGGCUGAAAUUGAUUUCAAGGUCAAUAUUUUUUGUCAUUUCUCUUUUUCAAAAGGAAUGCAAGAUUUUCCGACCAGAUUUCAUCAACUCUGGAACGAUUGUUUUUCAGAUACAGCCAUUUGUAAUAUAAAACCGAUUGUAGGUUCUAGAAGAUUAGAUAAUCUUCAAGAUUAUCUUGUCAGAAAGAAACCAGAUAAAUCAGUACUUAAAAUUAAAUGAAAUACUUACUUGAUGUAUAUUUCAUAGAAAGAAAACAUCGCAUAAGUGGUCUAAUUUAUAUUUGGAACAUUUCUUUGAGAGGAGUUCUAAUAGUUUUUAGAACACUUCUCUAACAUAGAAGUUCUGAUAGAUUUAGAACACUUCUCUAACAUAGGAGUUCUAAUCAAUUUAGAACACUUCUCUUGUUUGCAGAUAUGUAUAUCUAUGGUUGGUGCAAUCGCAAUAACGUUAACAAAUAACACAAUCGAUAGAUGGUUAUUUUCGGUCCAAGAUCAUACCUAUCUUACCAACAAUGGUCCUUUCUGACCAAAUAGCGCCGUUUUCUCUUUGUUGUUCGUUUUUCACGAGUAAUUAGAGAGGUCCUUUCGACCAUCUAUUUUUCUUGUCAAUCUUAUAGGUCCUUUAGACCAUAAGUUUUUGUUCUCUUUUUUGUUGUUGCUGUUGUAUAAAUUAAUUUUUUCGGAUUAGUUUUUUGUAAAUUCUGAUGACGUGUGGUUUAAAUCACACAGAAACUAGUCAAUAAAUAAACAUUUACAAAAACACAAAAAACUUUUUUAUUUCAUCUCGAGAGUAGUGAACUCAUUAGAAAGAGGUUAUAUCUGAAUAAGAAUAACCAACUACUUUUAAUUCUAAUAAAGU